AUGAUGACGGGGUGCCGAAGGCAUCGCUCUCGUCGGAUGAUGACAGGGUGCCGAAGGCAUCUCUCUUGUCAAAUGAUGACAGGGUGCCGAAGGCAUCGCUUGUCAAAUGAUGACGGGGUGCCGAAGGCAUCGCUCUCGUCGGAUGAUGACAAGGUGCCGAGGGCAUCCCUCUCGUCGGAUGAUGACAGGGUGCCGAAGGCAUCUCUCUUGUCAAAUGAAGACAAGGUGCCGAAGGCAUCGCUUGUCAAAUGA